AAUUAAAGUAAAAUUUACAACACAAAUUUGUACUUGUUAAUGAAAAUGAAACGAUGUCAAAUGCUUUGUAUUCAUUAAUUAAAUUAAGGAAACAAAAUGAAUCACGAGGAGAUAUUAUCGGUGGUUCAGGAGAAGUUUUUGUCGAGUGAACUCGUCACGGCAUUUUUAUGUGAUGCUAAAGUGCUGCACCCAGAUUGCAUUAAGAAGGAUAGACUCCUUGCAAUCGUUGAAUAUGGAGACGAAAAAGCGGUUUUUUGUUUAUUCACGUCUUGUUACCCACCUAAAUCCUUUACUGAUUUAUCCAUAGAAAUAGUACUGCCCAUAGAUAAUAGUUUUAAAUGUGAAAUUGAUAAUAAGCCAUCAGAUCCUGAGGCAAUUUUGUACCUGAACCUCCAGUCACGUAAUAAUAAGUUUAAAUUUGAAAUUCAAAUGACUCCGCGGGUCGACAAUUUCGUAGAUGAUUUGUUUCGCGGUAUUGAAGCAGUCAACAAACUUCCCACACAACCCGAGUUUGUCUGGCUUAAGAAAUACGAUGGCCAAAGAGAAGAUGACUUUAUAGCACAGACAAUGGUCCUACCCAGAAGCGGAAUGGCUCACACACAAGUUUCUGCCCCAGUAGCCAUUAGGGAAAGUCUGAUUAAAAGGAAAAUGUCAGAUAAAGAAUUUGACUACACAUUUACAAAAAGAUUUACGAUAUUUUGUGGCACAUGGAAUGUUAAUGACAAAUCUCCAGUAAUACCUUUAAAGGGAUGGUUGUGUGUUGACAAAGAGCCUCCAGAUAUAUAUGCAGUUGGUUUUCAAGAGUUGGAUCUAUCUAAGGAAACAUUUCUCUUUGACCAAACUUUCCGAGAGGAUGAAUGGUACAAUGCAGUGAGAACUCAUGUUGAUCCGAGAUCUAAGUAUGUCAAAGUGGAGAUUGUGAGACUUGUUGGUAUGAUGUUAAUAGUAUUAAUCAAAGAGAAACAUAUGUCACAUGUGAGGAAUGUGGUGUGUGAUACCGUGGGAACUGGGAUCAUGGGUAAAAUGGGUAACAAAGGUGGUGUUUCCAUAAGAUUUGAUCUUCACAAUACAUCAAUAUGUUUUGUAAACUCACACUUGGCAGCGCAUGUUGAGGAGUAUGAGAGACGCAAUCAAGAUUUCAGAGAUAUCUGCUCACGAACGAGAUUUGUUCAACCAAAUCAACUUCCCAAAGCAAUCAAGGAUCAUGAUCAGGUUUAUUGGUUGGGUGAUCUUAAUUAUCGGAUAACUGAAUUAGAUCCAUUAAGCGUGAAAAGAAUGGUAAAUGAGAAUAACUUUGGUCCAGUCCUAGAAUGGGACCAACUUAAUCAACAGCACAAAAUUAACAAUGUAUUUGCUGGUUAUACUGAGGGACCUAUAACCUUCAAACCUACAUAUAAAUAUGAUCCAGGCACAGACAACUGGGAUUCUAGUGAGAAGAAUCGUGCCCCAGCUUGGUGUGAUAGAAUAUUCUGGAGAGGUGAUAACAUCACUCAACUAGCCUACAGAAGCCAUCCAGCAUUGAAUAUCAGUGAUCACAAACCUGUCUCUGCUUUGUUUACCUCAGCUAUCAAAAUAAUAGAUGAAGAAAAAUAUCGAAAAGUAUAUGAAGAAGUCAUCAAACAACUUGACAAAAUGGAGAAUGAAUUGAUUCCGCAAGUGAAGGUUGAUAUCACAGAGAUAGAUUUCGGUACAGUGAGGUACUUGGAGUUACAAGUACGCACUAUAACAAUAAAGAACACUGGCAAAUUACCAGUUGAAUUUGAAUUCAUCAAGAAAUUGGAUGAAAGUAGUUUCUGCAAAGACUGGCUGAUUGUGGAACCAUAUAAAAAAUGCAUCUGUGCAGAUGAAUCAUGUGAGAUUCAACUAAAAGUACUUAUAAAUAAGACUUCAGCGUGUAAAAUGAACGCUGGAACUGAUAAACUAUACGAUAUUCUGGUAUUGCAUUUAUAUGGUGGCAAAGAUAUCUUCAUAACUGUUAAUGGCACAUACCAAAGAAGUUGUUUCGGUUGCUCUAUAGAGGUUUUAGUAAAUCUUAACAUACCAAUAAGAGAGGUUCCAGUUGGAAAGUUAGUGGAGCUGGAAAGCAAACGAGACCAAUACAUUUCAAAUCAGUCAACAUACUCUAUACCAAAGGAAAUAUGGUUUUUAGUAGACCACAUAUAUUUACAUGGAUUGAAAGAACCAAAUUUAUUUGAACAACCGGGCUUGCAUUCGGAAGUUCUACAGAUAAGGGACUGGCUAGACAGUGGGUCUAUAGACCCGAUACCUGGUAGUAUACAUUCUGUUGCCGAGGCUCUGCUAUUAUUAUUGGAGAGCACAGCAGAUCCAAUCAUUCCGUAUAAUUUACAUCCAGUUUGCUUGAGAGCAUCUAUAAACUAUUUGCAGUGCAAGCAAAUUGUGAUGGACCUACCAGAGUUCAGAAAGAACGUCUUUUUGUACCUCUGUGAAUUUCUACAGGAGGCACUACAACAUAAUGCAGAAAAUGGAUUGGAUGCUAAGACAUUGUCCACAUUAUUUGGUGCAAUAUUCCUUAGAGAUAAUCCGAAUGUAGUCCAGGAGCCGCAAUCUCGUAUUAACAAACAAAUAAUUGAUAAGAAAAAGGCGCAAUUUGUUCAUCAUUUCUUAAUCAAUGAUCACAGUGACUUAAUUUUUACAAAAUAA